UAUGUUUUCAACUAGCAAAUUGCAAUGGGUUUCUAACCCGUAGCUGACGUAUUUUAUAUUUGUAUGGAUUAGAAAUUGUACAGAUUUUUAGUGAUAAGUGUACCAUCCGUGUUUAUUUUUAUCUUAUAUUAUUUAUUUCUGUUCAUGAUUAAGAAAUAAUGUCCUUCGAGUACUUGCCUGUAGCUGAAGACGAAAAUGAAGAACCCAUAGAACUUCCAGUUGAAGAAGAUGGGACUUUGAUGUUAACAACGGUGUCUGCGCAAUUUCCCGGUUGCUGUGGUUUGAAAUAUCGACAUCCUGAUACGAAAACAUUCAGGGGUAUUAGAUUAAGAGACGGAAGGCUAUAUCCACCUCCGGAAGGAUGGGGUAACCACUUAUACAUCUGCAGUUUUCCUAAGGAGAAUAAGAGAAAAUCAGGGGAAAGCUCUGAGAAUUCUUUAAUUAAAAAUAAGCGAAACGACAAUUUAUGCUCAGACUUAAUUGUCUUAGGAUUACCAUGGAAGGCCACGGAGCAAACUGUGCGAGAGUAUUUUGAGAAAUUCGGAGAAGUGUUAAUGGCACAAUUAAAGCGAGAUCCAAAAACUGGUAUGUCGAAGGGAUUCGCGUUUAUUCGGUUUUCCUCAUAUACAUCACAAAUGAGAGUAUUGGCACAGAGACACAUGAUUGAUGGUCGUUGGUGUGAUGUGCGGAUACCUAACUCUAAAGAAGGUUCAGUGACAUCAAUGCCUUGUAAGGUAUUUGUAGGCAGGUGCACAGAAGAUUUAUCAGCAAAUGACCUAAGAGAUUACUUUACACAAUUUGGGGAAGUAACAGAUGUUUUUAUCCCGAAACCGUUUAGAGCAUUCAGUUUUAUAACAUUUUUGGAUCCGGAAGUUGCACAAAGUUUAUGUGGUCAAGAUCAUAUUAUAAAAGGUGUGUCUGUGAAUGUUUCUAAUGCGUCACCUAAACAAAAUAAGAGUAGUUCAAAUCAACGAAACUUACCAAGUAGAAACUAUGAAGAAACCCAUCCACACAAUGCUUCAAACAAUAAUUCUUGGAGUAGUCGUAACAUGGAUAUGGUGAAUAUGCAGGCAUUAGGUAUAUCAGGUCAGCAUGGACAAACUCCAGUGGCUGGAGGCGGAGGACAAGGACAAGGUGGAAGCAUGCCACUGGGUAUGGGGGGAUUGCCAGUUAAUCAGGCAUUGGUGGCAGCAGCAUUGAAUCAAGCAGCAGGUUGGGGUCUCAUUAAUAAUAUCCCCUCAGGGGGUUCUGACCAAGGUGCCUUUGCAGGACCAGCAUCGUCUGCCCCUCCAGCUCCGCCCAACUUUCUGUCAUGGAUGCAGCAAGGUAAUUCUGCACAGGGACCUUCUAGUCAGUGGGGACAAAGGCACCAAUCCCAAGGCCACUCUGUUUGAUCCAGUGAUUUAAUAAGCUCACAAUAAUCUCUGUGAUUGUAGCAAAAAAUUAGAUAAUAUAAUUUGAAAUUAUCUAUGACACAUAUGGGUUGUUUUUGGUGUAGAGUGGUUUGCUACUGGUGUUAUAUAUUUUAAUUUAUUAUGAAUUGCUUGUUUUGUUGUUUUUCUUGAAUCAUUUUUAGAAUAAUAGUUUUUGAUCACAUUUAAACAGUAAUUUAUAUAUGACACAUCCUUCAAAUAUUAUUGGUGUGCUAACUUAUAGCAACAUUACACUUUUUACGUCACUAUCUUAUGCAAUUUGGAAUCAGUAUAACUUUUUUUCUACAGAUUCAAUAUUAAAAAUGAUUCAAUGUGUCUUUAUCAUAUUAAACAAAAAUGCACAAGCUUGUAAAGUUUAUCAACUAGAUAAAUUUAAUGGAAACAGUAUGUGCUGAAAGAAUUUCUACAAAAUAUAUCUUCAAGAAGGGUAUUAUAUCAAGAGACAUUAUUUGAUUGUUGCUGUUAUCAAUUUUUAUCAAUUAUAAUUAAUUUAUUACUCUUAUACUCAAUUUAUCAAGAAACUAAAUACAUUUUAAUUUCUCUAACAUUGUACUACUAUAAUUUUAAGACAAGUCCUUCAAUGUUUGCUUCAUCUUUUUGUUUAAGAAUAUAAUAUAUUUUAAUGUUUUGAUUUAUUUACAAGAUGUGUAUGAGGAUUGAAGCUUGUUUUGUUUUGUGUUGUCAUAUUUAUUAACGAUGAGAUAAAUUAACAUCAUAGAGGAAUGUAACUGUACCUAUGAUAGAUUAAGAGUACUAUGCUUUUGUACAUUACUAGGUAUAUGUUUUCCAACAGAAUGUUGAACGUUCAUACUUGUGUACAGUAAAAGAUAGAGAAUCUAUUGAUUGUUAUCAUUGUUUAACAAAAUAAAUAAUGUUGAUUAUUAUAA